GGUGGCAGAAGGACCACCAUAGGUGCCUUGAUCCCUCCAGAUGGCUUGAGCGCAGCUGCGCCCAGCGCUGAUGCAAUGCGUCCGCUUCGGGGCAGACGACGAUGCGGAGGACCCGCCUGACCUGGUGCCCAAGAGAAAGGCGCGGCCUCGAUUCGAGGACGUGAAGGAGCCGCUGGCAGGUGAUGAUGAGGAGGAGGAGUUGGAGCACCGGGCACGCAGGAAGCCGCAGAAGCUCAUGACAACGGCCGCCGCAGGUGGGGCGGCACUGCUCGAGGAAUUGAAGAAGCAGGGCGUCUUGGAAGAUGACAAGGACAAGGAUGAGGAGGUGGCAAGAGCGCGCGCCUUCACCGUGACCGGCGGGAAGAUGACGCUGAAGGACGAGCUCGCUGGCAGGGUGGCCAUCAUGGCGGCGCGGCAGCACCACAGCCGCCGCCUCUUCGCCGUGGCCCUGGCAAUCACGGAGAAGGCGCUCCGCGACUCCGCGGCGGCGAGGCGGGCGGCGGAGGCCUGCGGCCUCUCCGCUGCGCAGGGGUGGCCGAGGACAGCCUUGGAAAGCAAGUUGAGCGUGCUGAACUUUGAGAACGCAGGUGGAGACUUGUUGCUGGCUGUGCUGAAGCAGCAAGGGUGGCAGCUGUGCAACGGCCGUGGCUCCUUCGCCGAGAUGCCGGACUUGAAGCUUUUAGCGAAGAAGCUGAGCUUCCUCGCGGGGGAGGCACCGUCUGAAGAAGAAGACGGAGCCGAGGACGAGGACGAGGAGGAUGAUCCGCUGGAGCAAGAAGAGGGCGAUUGGCAGCACUGGGAGCAAACUGGAAAUUAUUGGGAUGGCGGUGGUUGGCACGGCGAGCACUGGCACAGCGAGUGGGAGACCCCGGAUGAGGAGGCCAGCGUGGGCUAUGCCACUCUUGGAUGAGGCCCACUGGAGCUUGAGACGGCCGGCCGCGGCCGGGCGGCAAGCGAAGCGAUGGCCCGACGGCCUCAUGCAUCGUGAUCGGAUCCAAUGUGAUCGCCGCGCUCGACAGCGCGCGUUCAUUGGAGGAUUUGAGGGAUGCGUGGCAGGGGAUCGGGCGCCAAC